GGUGUAACCAAUAAAAAAAGGAAACAAAUAACCAGAAGUAUCUCGUCAAUGAAAUAAUAAAUGAACGUUACUUAAUACCUUGAAAAGAAGUUGAAUUGUUUUUAAAGUAAAUUUCAAAGAGAAAGAGAGAGAGAGAAUGAAGUGCGUCCUGUUAUUAGAUAAUAAUAAAAAACAAUAAAGAAAAGUGUGUAGUUGGUGCGCGAAACGAGAGGAACCGAGCGUUGAACGUAGAGGAACGAGACGAACCGAAAUAAAACGAAGUUGAGCCGAAGUAACACGAAAUUGCACGGCUCCAUAUUGAAUGUGUGUUGGUGGUGAUUAUCGUGUUUGGUUAAUACUUUGCUGUGUGUUACGACUAUAAGCUAUAUAACACGCACGUUAAGUGCUUAAUAUAUGUCAACAUAUGAGAGAUAAAGAGAAACAUAUAGAGGAAUAAUAAAAAAGAAAAAGAGAGAGAGAGUAAAAUAGAGGGGAACGUUGAAACAGCAUUGUGUUACAUACACACAUACACACACAUAUAUAUACACAUAUUAAAAUAUAUAUAUAUAUAUUCAUAUAUAUAGGUGAAAAAGAUACUUGAAAGAGAUGUCAAAAAAAGGAGUUGUUAUGGCUGCAGCGGGCUGGCCCAGAGCAUGGGAACGUGGGGGUCUGAUAGGUGCAGGAGUAGGAGCUACCGUUGGAAGGAGAGCUGCUAAUCGUUCGCGUCUGUCGAGUAUACGACCGGUAGUUCUGCCGGUGGCUGUUGAUACGACGGUUGUGAAUCGCACUAUGGCAACUACUGCUUCUAACAAUAUGAAAGUCCUUAACGAGGACAACAUUUAUGAGAAUAUCAAAAAAAUGGAAUACGCCGUGCGCGGUCCUUUAUUGAUACGUGCAAACGAAUUGGAAAAAGAAUUACAAAAGGGUGCUAAAAAACCAUUCAAAGAAGUGUUGAAAGCAAAUAUCGGAGAUGCUCAUGCCAUGGGACAAAAGCCUAUUACAUUUUUACGUCAAGUAUUAAGUUUAACCACGUUACCAUCACUCUUGGACGAUCCCAGUUAUCCGGAAGAUGCUAAAUCUCGUGCCAGAGCGCUUCUUCAAGCGUGUAGAGGAAGUGUCGGUUGUUACACCGAAUCCGUGGGAAUGGAAAUUGUUCGUAAACACAUAGCGCAAUAUAUCGAAGAACGGGAUGGUAUACCGAGCAAUCAUCAAAAUAUUUUUCUCGGCAAUGGUGCAUCCGAUGCUAUCAAAUCCGUUUUGAAAUUAUUUGCACAAAGGAUUGAUAACAAACCAACAGGAGUUAUGAUUCCAAUUCCACAAUAUCCAUUGUACAGUGCAACCAUAUCCGAAUUUGGUCUUGGUGAAAUUGGUUAUUAUCUCGAUGAAGAUAAUAAAUGGGCAUUGAAUAUUAGCGAAUUGGAAAGGUCGUUAAAUGAAGCAAAAAAAUGGAGUAAUCCUCGUGUAUUAGUUGUAAUCAAUCCUGGAAAUCCAACUGGUCAAGUAUUAAAUCGGUCUAACAUAGAAGACAUACUUCGAUUCGCUCACAAACAUAAACUCUUCAUAUUUGCGGAUGAAGUUUAUCAAGAUAAUAUAUAUGAUAAGGAUUGUUGUUUUCAUUCGUUCAAAAAAGUUGCCGUUGAAUUAGGACCACCUUACGAUCAAAUGGAAUUGGCCUCUUUCAUGUCUAUAUCAAAAGGAUACAUGGGAGAAUGCGGUAUACGUGGCGGUUACGCAGAACUCGUAAACAUUGAUCCAACAGUUAUGAAAUUAUUACAAAAGUCAAUCUCUGCCAUGUUAUGUCCGACCGUUUUAGGCCAAGUUGUGAUGGAUGUAGUAACGAAUACACCUAAACCUAAUGAACCAUCUUACGCAAAGUUUGAAGAAGAAAAACGUAAUACUCUGUUGUCAUUAGCGGAAAGAUCGAAAUUAGCUGUAGAUAUGUUGAACAGUAUUCCCGGUUACAAGACUAAUCCAUCUAUGGGUGCGAUGUACGUGUUUCCACGAUUUGAGAUACCACAGAAAGCCAUAGAAGCAGCCAAAGCUAAAGGCCAAGCGCCGGAUCUCUUUUAUGCUUUUAAAUUGUUAGAAGAAACUGGAAUUUGUGUUAUUGCCGGUUCAGGUUUUGGCCAAUUACCUGGAACAUAUCACUUCAGAACGACCAUUUUACCGCAAAAAGAAAAGAUGAUAACUAUGUUGACUAGUCUGAAAGAAUUUCAUUUAAAGUUCCUCAAAGAGUACAGUUAAAAACAAAAAUAAUUCAACUGUGUUCGCGAUGCAUUUUUUUUUUUUAUUUUUAUUUCUGCACAAACAUAAAUUGCGUGAAAAUCGUCUUUUACUCGGAUCCGAUUACUCUAACAUCACACGUUUCAAAACAAAACUACGUUUGUGCUUCUUGUUAUAUUGUUUAAUGAAUACUUGUAAAUAGAUGAGUAAAAGUGCAAUUAUAUUAAAAGAAAAAAAAACAAAAAAAAAGAGAGAAAGAGAGAAAGAAAACAACGAGUAUCAGUCAUCGUCUCGGUUCUAAACUAUAUAUUACUAUUUACUAUUUAUCAAUAAAUGUACUAUACUAU